ACCACCACCACCGUCACCAUCACCAUCACCCUCCGCCCUACACCAAGGCUACCGUAUCUCUCCCCUCUGGACUCCUCCACCAUGGCUGCACUCUUCCCACCUCAAUCGGGCUACAAUGCCUCCUACGGCUCCGAUCCAUACUCUGCCCCCUCUUCCUCCAACCUUCAAUUCUAUUCCGCCGGCGGACAAUCCCAAGGUUCAGGCCCAUCGUCAACGGCAGGCUACAGUCGCUCCUCGCUAGAAGGCAACAUGUCCGCUGCAGGCGGAGGAUCCUCUUCCGCUGCUGGAGCAUUCGGUGCUGGGGGUGGUGCGGCUCCUUCUGCAGCGGAGAGGAGCUACAUGUCUUCCCAGAUGUCCUUUUGGUCUGCUUUUGGCACGGGAGGCUUUCCUGAUGAGCCUUCGCUGAUGGAAGAGCUGGGAGUCAAUCUCCCUCAUAUCGUGGGCAAAAGUCUCGUCGUACUGAAUCCGCUACAUCGGUACUCGCCCAAUCACCAAAGGGACUCGCACAUGAUGGAUGAUACAGAUUUGGCAGGGCCGCUGCUGUUCUGCUUCGUCUUUGGUAUCCUCCUAUUUUUGGCGGGUAAGUCGCACUUCGGAUACAUCUACGGAGUGGCUCUGCUAGGCUCCCUCUCGAUCUACUUGCUGCUGAAUGCAAUGUCAGAGGAUGGCAUCGACGCCUACCGAGUAAUGAGCGUGUUGGGAUAUUGCUUGCUGCCGCUAUGUGGGCUAGCCUCGUUGGGGGUCUUGGCAAGAGCAUUUGGAGGAGCUUCUCUGCUACCCAUCAUUACGCCCUUUUUCAUCUUCUGGUCGUCAUACUCGUCCUCAGGCAUCUUUGCAUCAGUACUGCAUCUCAAUGAGCAGCGAUUCCUCGUGGGAUACCCCCUCAUGCUCCUCUACACGGCCUUUGCAGUCAUUGGAAUCUUUGGAGAGGACGCAGUGGUCAAGGCGAGUGGGGUUGUCAGGGGCGGCAAGUAGAGCGUCGAAGCACUGUGCAAGGGUGGUCGCGAGAGUAUGGGCAAAACCUAUGUGUAGUCCUUCAUGAGCUCGACCUUGACCUUUGACACACCAUCAUCAUUGGAACACUCAGAUCUUUGAGGGCGUCAGCAUAAACGUCUGGAAUAUCGUCCCUGCCCACCCCUCAGCUCACUUGACCUAUGUCCAACGUUGUCUGC